AUGGAGGGGAAGGAGAAGAAGGAAGGCAAACAGAGCUCAUCGAAACUGGAGGCGCUAGAAAACAAGAAGCUGAUUGAACGACUGCAGUUCGAGAAAGAGUCUCUUCAGAGUCGGGUUCGUGAGCUAAUCUCUUCCCAUGAGAAGGAAGUUCAAUCCCAGCGGACAAAGUAUGCUGAGCUGCUCGCACAAAAGGACAGAGGGAGCACGGAGCAGAAGUUGUUGCACUCAAUUUCUGCAGCUCUCGUGUCCCUGUUCAUCGAGAUCAAGGAAAGGAAGGCGCUGACAGUGUCCGAGGAAAUGGAAGCAGAGCAUCGCGCGCUCAACAAGGCGAAUCCGAUGGUGAUCCUCUCGUACAUCCGAACGCACAUCAGAAGUUUGCUGUCUUCCUACGAAGACUCGGAGCUCGAACUUCGUGCUCAGCUCAAACUUGCGUAUGAGGAAGCGCAGAGAAAUGCGAAAGAUCUCAAGGAGAAAGUGCAGGCGGCACAGGAUGGGCAGCUGCGAGCAUUGAGCAUUGCGGAGGAAGCAAAGGACAAGCUCGAGGACGCGGAGCUCGCCAAGGAUUCAGCUCUAACGGACACAAAGAAUCUGAUCGAUCAAGUAAAGAGCGACCAGAUGGCGCUGGUGCUGCAGAUGAGGGCUAAAGGGGAAGAGAACGAGAAGCUUCAGAGGGUGAUCGAGGAGAAGGAGCGUCAGUUGAAGCAGCAGGAGGCACAAGUGCUAAGAGUUUCAGGGCUGGAAAGUGAGAUUCAGACUCUCAAGGCCGAAAAUUUGUUAUCAAGAAAGAAACUCGAGGCUCAGCACAAUGCCAAGACGUCGCAUUACAAGAAUGAGAUUAAGAAGUUAGCAAUGAUUGAGGCAGAGAAUGAAAGUUUACAAGCGAAGCUGAAGUUGUUGGAGUUGGAGUUGAAGAAUGCAAGGACUGCCUACACCUCCACCAGCUUUCAAUCAGAACAAAUGAAAGCUCAGAGGUUUGAGAAGCUGCACCAGACCAAGUCCAAACAAGUUGAGGAAUUGGAAGCAAAGAUCCGUUCACUGCAGAAGGCGGCAGAGAAGAACGAGAAGGAUGCAGCGGAGUGGAGAGACAAAUACAAGAAACUGUAUGAAGCUGUCAAGAAGCAGGGGAUGGAGGUCAAAGAGAAAGACAAGGAAAUCCAACAGUUGACAACAAGAAUCAAGCGUCUCUCAUCCUCGAACUUGAAUUCAAAGUUGUCAGAGAAGAACUUUCUCAACGAAAAGAUGCAACUGUCUGAAAAGAUCAACGAACUACAUCACAAGCUUCAUCUGGCCGAGGACGCGAACUCGGAGCUCCUCGACUUGGUUUCCCAGCAGGAGGAGACAGUAGCACCUCACCGACGUGCCACCUCCCCCAUGGAAUCUCCACCCCAGCGCAGGGGCUCUAUGACAGGGAGCGUUUCCUCUCCUCCCGCCUCCCCCACGAGGAGACGGAACUCUGCUUACAGCGUCAGCUCGAUCCUCCAGCACGAGGAAGAGAUGAGCGUCACUGAGAUGGACGAGGAGGAUCAGAUUCCCUUCAGAGCGUCGCGCGUCCCCCUCCGCCCCUUCUCUGCUGUUGGCCGACGGUCUGCAAGGCUUGAUAUCAUCCCCGAUGAGCUGCUGGAGGACCGGGAGGAAGAGAAGGCGUCGAAGCAGCCGCAGGCGUGGGAAGAGACGGUCGAUGGGACGACAGUGUCGCGCAUUUCCGAGCUCGAGGAGGCGAAUAGGCGGAUGACAGUGGAGCUGAAGCAGAUGAAGAACGUCAUGGCAAUCUCUCGAGGAGCGGCUGAUGCUUAUGAGGCUGUUGUGGCUCGAUUGGGAAAGAAAGAGGACCAGUCGAGGUCUAUAGAGGAGGAGGAGGAGGACGUUGCGGAACUGCCGGAGAGAACAAGGGCUAGCAAGAGCAGGAAAAGUCAAGUGGCCAAGAUGCGCGAGUUGACCUCCUUUCACCGCCCCCCUCGUCCUCAAUCAGCUCCCCCUGGACGAGACCCAUUGAUUUCUCGUCCCUCCUCUGCCCUUAGGAAGGACACGCCGACCACCAGCAGCAAGCUCGGAAGAUCACGAGUGCCUCGUCCCAGCUCAGCCAUCCCCGGGAACGCGUGA